GUUGGUGCAGUAAUGCCGUGCUAAUCGACUAUACUGUAUUACAAUUAAUUAUAUUUUUUGUGGGAUUUCAUUCGAUGCGCACAGCGCGCAAGGAGAAGUUAAAUUCACCAGAAAACAAACUGUUUAUUUCCUGGGAAAUCCUACAUCAAAGAGCAUAAGAUCCAGUGAUUUUGGAAUAACAAGCAAAGAAACCGGAAUAUAUAAAAGUUAAAAUUGAUGUAGGAAGUAAGAUUUAGUGUCCUGACGCCCUCCGCGGUAUGUCAAAGUCCAUGAAUACCCAGCAUGGAUUCUCCAGGAAUUAAGUUUGCAGACCUCAAAAAAGAAGAGCGUUAUAAAAGGUUGGAGCGUAAUUUAAAACUUGCAUUUGUUAAACAAAUGGAGCGAAUGAAAAGCAGUGAUGAGAAAGGUUAUUAUUAUACAUCGCCUACCUGGCCAAGUUUAUCAAGUAUAAAUCCAGAUGGAAUGGACAUGAGUUGUGCAAAUGGUUCCCCAUCCUUGCAGGUCUCAAGGGUAGAAAGUGAAGUUUUAUCAUCCAGUAACAACUUGUGUAAGGUACUUACAAUGCACCCAAAUGGCCACGUAGAGCAGCGAUUACCAAUGGCCACAUCUAGUGUAAAAAAGUUUCCAAUUAAUGAUUCUGAAAGAGAUCGAGCUAUCAUGCCACCACCUCCUACAACAUUAUUCCACAACGUGAAAAAUACAUCCAGCAUUGAUUCCAAUCAGAUUGCCCAAAGUCGUCAAGGAAGUGAAACAAAGUUAGAAGGUCAAGUUCAUGACUUCUCUGUAAAACCAAUGGCAGGUGCUUCUGCUGAUCAAGAAAGUAAUAUAUCCCAAACUGAUUCUCAUAAUUCCAUAACACCUAGAGAGUUUUCUCGAUGGAGAGUGCUCUUGAAUGAUCAAGGUCAAUUGAUUAUUAAAGGAACUUUAGAAUGUGGAAAAAUAGCAAGAAGUAAGCCUGUUAUACAAAGAUUUACAAGUACUAAAGUGUUGUCCAUAUAUAAGCAUAUUUACGUACUUUGUGGUAAUAUAGUAGAUGAUAGAAAUGAAUUGCCUGAUUAUGUCAGGGGAAAAUUUCACAAUGGAUUUCCAGAUGAUUGGGAGAAUGUUUACCAAAUAUGGAGAAAUUAUACAGCUGGAGGCUGUCAAAUCACUUUCAGGUGGCCUACACCUAUCACUGAUAGUGAUGAUGACUUGCAGAGCCAAAUCACAGAUUUUUCUUAUAUAAAGAAUAAGCAGAUCAAAUUUAAAAAUAAAGAGCAACUUUCUAAACCAGUUUUGGAUAAUGGUUCAUCAUUGGGUUACCAUUCAAAGCUUCAAACGAGUGGUAACAAAAACUUAGAAAAAUCGAAUGAAAAAGAUGAAAUCAUCAAAGCAUUUAAAAAUCAAGUUAUGAACGAAAAGAUUGAUGACUCUGGACAUUCUUCUGAUGUUAAAGAUACUAGUCAGUGCAAUCAUGAACGUGCUGAGAAUCUCUCUGAAGAUGCGCAUAGUUCAGGAGCUAAUAGCUCAAAUUCAAAUCUGAAAAAUAUAAGUUUUUUGUAUGAAAUCAUUCGGGAAGAUAAAGUUCGCAUUAUUCUUUCAAAAUUAGGUGACAAAAAUUGUCCUGCGCAAUAUCUAGACAAAUUUAUUGAUUUGAUCGACUGUUUGAAGUAUCUUUUACCAUACAAGUUUAGUAUCAGUAAUAGCGAAAUAGAAAAGCGCGAGCAAAAUUUAUCGCCGGCUAAAAAUCAAAAUCUAGGAUGCUCGAGAUGCAGCAAUACUGCUUCAUUCUCAGAGAUGCAAGAAACAAUCCCAGAAAAUCAAUCUAACAAUCUUAAAGAUAAUCCUUACGCAACAUCUACAGAAAUAAAUAAGAAUUUACAGAAUCCUGAAUACUCAGAGAAUGCUUUGGUAAAGGAUAGCCAUGUACGUCAUCUUGUAGAAGCUAAUAGUGCAAAUGAAUCUUCUGAUAGUGAUGAUUAUAUGGGCUUUCCACAUGUAUCACUAAGUCACCUUAUCAAACCCAAACUACAAAAAUUUGAAAGGUAUAGAGAUAGAAAAAAUCGCAGCAAUGAAAGAAAAAAUUUCGAUAAAAACAUGCAAGUUAAAGAGCAAGUCGAAUCUAUUCCAAAUAAAAAAUCUGAACAGUAUUAUGACUCUAGUGUAAGCAUUUCAGAAGAUGAUUAUGAAAGACGAAUACAAGAACAAAAAAAAGCAUUUCCUCCUUCACCACAUAAGGAUCUAAAUAAAACUCCAGUUACUGGAAAUUUCAGGCACAGUAUGAAAAAAAGUACUUCAGGAAAUAAUAUUGAUAAUGAACGCGAUAAUGAUGGAUUUAAAGUGCCUUUAAUUAUUACUAGAAUAAAUCAAAAGCCUGCAGAGAAGCAGAAACCUAUUAUUAAAAGUUGUGAACCUACUAAUUUUGUUAUAAAGCAGAUAAUUAGACAUCCCCAAAAAGUUCAAGUAUCUGAAACUUCAGAUGUUAGUAUAAUUGAAGAUGAUGUGUCUUUAAAUAAUAAAAAAGUAAUACAUAAUACAACAACUGCGCCUGAGAAUCAUAAUCCUACCGAUAUUAGUCACAAAGAUAAUGUAGGAGAUUUGGGUAAAGAAUUAAUGCAACACCCAUUCUUGACCUACGAUUCAGAAGAUUUUUUGAAUGAAGAAGAAAUGAAUGUGCAAGAUCAGUUAUCAUCGAUUAAAUCUGAUAAAAACCGAGCAAAAAGCCCUCAAUUUGCAGAAAAAAGUAAAAUUAAUAAUACAAAAACUCCAGCAAAUAUAUCAGGAACAAAAGGAGAAACUGAAGAAAAGUCAUCUUCUGGAAAGAAAAAAACCCCUUUAAGCAUUAAAAGUACAAAAAACAAUUUAUUUGGAUCUAAAGAAAAUCCAAAGGUUUUAGCAUCUUGGAUACCUUGUGUUGUGUAUGAUGAUGAAUUUAAGAAGAAAUGUAGUUUAACAUUUGAGGGAAAAUUAUUAAAUGAAGCUGGACAUGUUCUGAAAAGAAAAUUUGUAACGAGUCCUGUGUGUCAAAGGCAUUCUUCUACUCUUGUAGAAACUGUACAUGGAGAAUAUUAUAAACUUUCUGGGGAACUUAAUGAUACUAAGCACGUUUUGCAUAAAGAAUUAUUGAAACAAUGUCGUACUGGUUGUCCUUCUAAAAUAAAAGAGUUUUGCGAGGAAUGGAAAAGACUAAGACCAGUUGCAGAAACAAAUGCUUCUGCAAAAUCGAGUAUACUCGAUGCCUCUAUCGAUACUUUUUCGAUGUCGACUAGUCUACGCGGACGUCGAAUUGUACCAACACUAGAGUGGUGGAAGGGAGAGAGAAUAGUAACGAAAGAUAAUGAUACUAUUUACACUCCAGGACGUGAGUGGGAUUCUUCAUCAUUAAACAACCUUAAAAAAUCUGAAACUUCUAAGAAACCUAUGUCACUAAGCGAGCAACGACCUCCCAAAAACAGUACUAAAAAGGAAGUUGCUAUUAAAACUACGAAAAGCUCAACAAAACCAAAGAAAACUAAAAAUACGUCUAGUCAAAAAUCAAAAGAAAAACCGGCGCCAAAACGCGUAGCGCAAACACUAGAAUUUUCAUCCAGUAGUGACUGUGAUCAACAAGAAUCGCCCAUCAAAAGAACUCUUAGAAGACCCAAACAGAAGGUAAAAAGCAAUCCACUACUAGUAUCUCAGCCAAAGUCCACAAGUCCUCAAUUCGAAGUAGAUAUUCUAACAGAAUCAGCUUACAACACGAAGCUGCGAAAAAGACAAAGGCUUGAAGCUAAUGGGAAUCAGCAACUGAAGAAGCCCACUAAGAAAUUUUUUUUAUUCAAAAGAUCGCAAGCUUCCACAAAAAAACCUGAUUCGGAAUUAGUAUGGACGUAUGAAAAAGAACAACGACAUCGUGACAUACUUUCGGAUGAUCAAACAAGUAUUCGAUAUUGUGAUGAAUUUCGAAAGACCAGUAACUUGCAUUAAAGAUGAAUUGUAUAUAUAUAUAUAUUAGUUUUUGUCAAUGAAUUUUUCCGUUUAAUGAAAUGUAAUAAUGUAUUAAACUAUUGUUUUUUUUUUUAUGAAAAGGAUUUAUUUCAAAAUAUACAUAUUUGUAAAUGUUUGAAAACUCUAUUUAUUGUCCUUGCGACAAUUAUGCGACUAUAACUUCUUUCGAUUUGUACCGUUUGUUUUGUAAAUAAAUGCCAUUAAUAAUCUGUUUACAAAAAUCAAUCUAUAAAUUGCGUUUUGAGUUAAUUGUACACCAUUUGUAAAAAUAUAAUCAUACAUAUAAAAGGUUCGCGUCUGCGUCAGACGUACAUAAUUGUAUAAUAUAUAUAUAUAUAUAUAUAUAUAUAUGUAUAUAUACAUAUAUUCGUAACUAAUAAAAAUCAUUUCUAUUAAGCAUGUCUUUCAUUCAAAUACAUUUACAAAACUAAUCAUUUUUUGAAUUGCUAAAACACUGAUUUUUAAGUCCUGAUUGCACGCAUACAUACAUUUGUUUUUGUUUCUAUGUACAUAAAUUUUACAUACACUUAAAGUUAAAGUCACUGCUGUAUUGAGUGGCGAUAUCAAUAACAAGACUUGUUGAGCAUUCAUAUCUUCUUAAAAAUCGCAUUAUGAGAAAAAGAAAAGCAAUAAUAAACUCAACUUCUUUUUCUCAUUAUGAGAAAAAGAAAAAAAA